AUGAAUCCCAGCAGCGGUGAGCCGGCAAGUCAGCAACAAGGGCAACAGCAGCAGCACUUGAAUUCUCCGUCGCAACCAACGCCUCCCUCUCAGAAUACACCGCCAGGGUCGGCGGCGUCGAUCCAAAAUGCGCAAGGCCAGAUGAGUUUUCGAAGGCAACGGGCUUCGAGAGCGUGUGAGGUGCGAUGCGAUGCGGCGAGCCUCGGUGUCCCGUGCACCAACUGCGUCGCCUUCCAAAUCGAAUGUAAAAUCCCACAACCAAAGAGGAAGAAGACCCAGGCAAAUGCAACAAAAGACUCGGACAGGUCACCACCAAAUGCUGGUUCUUCAAACACCUUCCCUGCGCGACCCGCCGUGUACCACUCCUCAGAAGGCAUACCUUCGACAACCCUCUCGGAGACCCAAGCUAGGAAAGAGGAGGUUGACAAUGAUACAUACGUCAACCUGAUUAUGAAGCCGAAAUUUACAAGAGCCCCUAUCACUGAAGCUGGUAGGGUUGCCUUCCUAGGGGAAUCGUCAAAUCUGACGCUAUUGGUUCACGAUCGCCAAGGAGCUUCAGAUGUUGUGCAUUAUCCGCUCCCCGAGAACGUGCGCGGUUCUAGGGCCCGUUUGACCGAGUUAGACAAUAUCGAGAUUGACAUCCUUCACCAACGUGGAGCUUUCUUACUGCCACCUAGAUCCCUCUGCGACGAGCUUAUCGACUCCUAUUUCAAAUGGGUACACCCUAUAGUACCUGUCAUAAAUAAGACUCGUUUUAUGAGACAGUAUCGAGAUCCGAAGAACCCGCCUUCGCUGCUCCUUUUGCAAGCCGUCCUCCUUGCUGGUUCGCGAGUUUGCAAUAACCAACAACUCAUGGACGCGAAUGGCUCAACUACUCCGGCUGCGCUGACAUUCUAUAAGAGAGCAAAGGCACUCUAUGAUGCCAAUUACGAGGAUGACCGCGUAACGAUAGUUCAGGCCCUGCUCCUUAUGGGCUGGUAUUGGGAAGGCCCGGAGGAUGUCACUAAAAAUGUCUUUUACUGGAGCAGAGUUGCCAUCAUCGUCGCUCAAGGUUCCGGGAUGCACAGAAGCGUGGAAGCGUCGCAACUAAGCAAAGCUGACAAAAGGUUGUGGAAGCGUAUUUGGUGGACGUUGUUCACUCGCGAUCGAUCCGUUGCAGUUGCGCUUGGGCGACCGUGCAAUAUUAACCUGGACGAUUCCGACGUUGAGAUGUUAACCGAGGAUGAUUUUAUCGAAGACGAGCCAGACAACGCAAGCGGGUUUGCUCCUGACCCCAUUCAUGUCCAGUUCUUCUUACAGUAUGUCAAGCUCUGUGAGAUCAUGGGCCUGGUCCUCUCUCAGCAGUAUUCGGUGGCAUCUAAAGGUCGACGCCAGAAUGCCAUCGAUCUCACUCAUAGUGAUAUGGCUUUGGCGGAUUGGCUACAAAACUGUCCUAAAUUGGUAUAUUGGGAGAUGCCACGGCACCACUUUUGGAGUGCGUUACUUCACUCUAACUACUAUACCACCCUCUGCCUCCUGCAUCGAGCACAUAUGCCUCCCAAUCAUAGUAAUGCGGCUAGAUUCCCAGACGACUCUUCUUACCCGUCACGGAAUAUCGCGUUUCAGGCGGCGGGAAUGAUUACGUCCAUUAUCGAGAACUUAUCAGCACACGAUGAGCUCCGCUAUUGCCCUGCGUUUGUCGUUUAUAGCUUGUUCUCUGCUCUCAUUAUGCAUGUAUAUCAGAUGCGAUCACCUGUUCCAUCCAUUCAGCAAGUUACACAAGUUCGAAUUCGGACCUGCAUGGAAGCACUUAAGGAAGUUUCUCGGGUGUGGCUUGUGGGAAAGAUGGUUUAUACACUAUUCGAAUCUAUAUUAGGCAACAAGAAUCUAGAGGAAAGAUUGCAGAAAGCUGCAGGGAAACGACAUAAGAAAGUGCAACAGAGCUUGGCUCAGCUGGAGCAACACCAUCAACGACAACAAGAAGCUGCUGCGGCGGCAAAACGGAAAUAUGACGAAAUGGCUAUUGACUUUAGUAUAAAUACACCAGUGCAUCAGGAGUCGUACGAACGAUCACGCCCGCAAACUCCGAGGAACGAACAAGUUCAGAAUCAACCUCAUAUGGGACCGCCUAUCAACUCUCCGAACGCCAAAUCCGGGGACACCUUUAUGGGAGGGACCAGCAGCAGGCCACACACUCGGCCUGCAACUCCAUUUAACCCUUCCUUCUCCCUUCCGACCACGCCGCCAGAUUUGUAUCUCGUGACUCGUAACUCGCCGAAUAUUUCACAAUCUCUUUGGGAGAAUUUCCAGCCGGACCAAUUAUUUCCCGAGAGCUCGCAGAUCCCGUUGCCACAGAUGUCUCCGCCGCAAAAUCAACAGAGCUUAGAUCCAAGUCUCGUCAAUCCGAUACAGGCUGGUAUGUCUCCACAGUCGCCCGGGCAAACCAGCCAGUUCCAACCUCGAAUGCCGAAUAAAACGACGAAUACAAGUCCCCAGCAAGCUAACAAUUUUUUGCAACCAGGAAUUGGAGGGUAUCAGCCCCAGAACAAUAACUUGUGGCCAGGCGGCGAGGUGAAUACGACGUUGCCGGAUGGCCAAAGUCCUGAUAGCUGGAGUACGGGAUCGGCCCAGGGACAGCCUGUUCCGGCUACAUUGAACGUCGAAGACUGGUUCCAAUUCUUCGGCAUCAACGGCAGCGAGAUAAACCUAUCCGGCCUUGAUAUGCCUAUAGGCUGA